GGAGAUCACUACGAGAUUGUUUUGCGAGGGAGAUGAAAAACUUGAAAUUACCUAGUGGCAGUAGCCAAAAGAAGAAGAAAAAGUAUGUGUACUUCGAUCAACUGCUGUUCCUCACUGCGAACAACACUGACAGGAGGACAACCACCAAUGUUCCUGAUGAGCAACCCGACAUUGGAAACGAAAAUGCGGCUACUGAAGAAAACAACGAAGAUUUGACUGAGGUAGUUGCUUCAGAACCAGCAACACCUAACCAAGUAGCGCCCAACCAAGGAGCGCCUAACCGUAUCAACAAAAAAUAUCGACAGACUCCCUUUGAAAUGGCCUCCACGGCAACAGCUGAGGUUGUGUCUAAUAUCGACUCUUCCAUGAAGCUGAUAGAAAACGCUUGUGAUUCGUCAAAGCCUCGGAAACGAUCCUACCGGGGCCGUCGCCAAGCCUUCUGGUAG